AUGGAGUAUAUGCAUAUAGAAAACUUAGAAUGUGGACCAGGUGGCAACUCACUGAAUUUCGAGACGGCAUAUGAAGGAUGCAGCUGUUCGGGACCAUGCACAGCAAAUACAGGUUGCACCUGUCUUCUCUACAAGCAAGACAUAUUCAAGGAUCAGAAUUCCAUUGAGAAUGUUAACAACAAUUUGCCAAUUCUGGAAUGCUCUGCUGAAUGCUCUUGCUCGUUCUCUCCAGAUAAUUGCAAAAAUAGAUGUAUCCAAUUGGGCUCCUCACUUCCUCUUGAGGUCUUUGAUGCUGGUGAAAAAGGUUAUGGUUUACAAUGUUGUGAGCUAAUUAAAAAAGGUCGCUUUGUUAUCGAAUAUAUUGGAGAAGUAAUUGGACCUGAUGAAGUGAAGAAGCGCCAAUCCGACACAAAUUAUGUGCUUACAAUUAAGGAGAUUUUUCGAAGUGAUCACACUGAAGUGACGUAUAUCGAUCCAUCGGUGCGUGGAAAUCAAUCACGAUUCAUAAAUCAUGGUUGUAAUCCUAACUUGGUAAUGAUCCUUGUGAGAUAUGGUACUCCACAGGUACACGUUGGUCUGUUUGCGCUUCGCGAUAUACCUGCUUAUGAAGAGCUCACUUACGAUUAUGGUGCCAACAGCUCGGAAUUUUGUCUGAAAAAGUGUUUGUGUGGCAGUAUGAAUUGCCGAUUGUUUCUUCCUGCUUCUAUUUCAUAG